AUUCUCCAUAUUGAAGUUCGCUCCAUUUAUUUAUUAUUUUUUUAAAAUUUCAACUUGCUGAUCUGACUGUAUAUAGUUUCGCCAGUUUCAGAUUCUCCGUUACUGACAAUCUGAAUGUGUAGCUGAUAAUCUCAGCUAUUCUCUCUCUUGAUCCUUCGUAUCUCUUUUUAAUUAACCGUUAGUUUGUGCAGAGACUUAGGUGUUUUGAUUGGCUGCUUAAAGAUGGGAGUAGAAAACUACCAUGUAAUUGAGCUUGUAGGUGAAGGGUCCUUUGGGAAGGUGUACAAGGGGAGACGGAAGUACACAGGCCAGACUGUUGCAAUGAAAUUUAUCAUGAAGCACGGAAAAAGUGAGAAAGACAUACACAAUUUGCGCCAGGAAAUUGAGAUUCUAAGAAAGUUGAAGCAUGAGAAUAUAAUUGAAAUGCUUGAUUCCUUUGAAAGCCCACAAGAGUUUUGUGUUGUUACAGAAUUUGCACAAGGUGAACUAUUUGAGAUUCUUGAGGAUGAUAAAUGCCUCCCAGAAGAACAAGUACAGGCAAUUGCAAAGCAAUUGGUGCGAGCAUUGCAUUACUUGCAUUCAAACCGCAUCAUCCAUCGUGAUAUGAAGCCACAAAACAUUCUUAUUGGCGCUGGUUCUGUUGUCAAGCUUUGUGAUUUUGGGUUUGCACGUGCAAUGUCUACAAAUACUGUGGUUUUGAGAUCCAUAAAAGGAACUCCUCUAUACAUGGCUCCAGAGCUGGUACGGGAACAGCCCUACAACCACACUGCAGAUUUGUGGUCCCUUGGAGUUAUAUUGUAUGAAUUAUUUGUUGGCCAACCACCAUUUUAUACAAAUUCAGUAUAUGCACUCAUUAGGCAUAUUGUCAAGGAUCCAGUUAAGUAUCCAGACGAUAUGAGUCCAAAUUUCAGAAGCUUUUUGAAGGGACUGCUUAAUAAGGUGCCACAAAGUCGACUCACUUGGCCUGCCCUUCUUGAACAUCCAUUUGUUAAAGAAACCUCAGAUGAAUUGGAGGCUAGGGAGUUGCGUGCUUCAACUGUUCUGGUCAGGGGAUGUGAUGCAGCAUGGAAGAGUGAAGGAAAUGCUAAUCAAACAUCUAGUGGUAAAGGCAAUUCUCCAGUUGCUUUUCAGAAGAAUAUUGCACCAGGCUCACAAAGUGAUGCUCAGUUAAAUAAUUCUAACACAACACAAGGCAAUUCUUCACCUCAUGAGGAAUUCCCAGGAUUUGCAAGUCCUACCGAAGUUAAGCCAUCAGGAAACCAAGUAUUGAACAGAUUGGAAAAUAACUCACGCACAGUUAAAGGUGCACUAACAAUUGGUCAAGAUGAUGAAGCAGUAAGACUUAUAUUGCAACCACUCAAAAGAUGGUCCAAAGGACCCAAAAAUAUGAGGGAAGAAGAUGUUCUUAAUUCAAACCAGUCGCUGAGAAUUCUUUCAAACCUAGUUGCAGCAGGUGCUACUCGUUCUAGUGAGCUGCUGGAUGUAAUAAUACCUGAACUUCUUGAUUUCACAGCCACAAUAGUAAGCUUAAAGUCUUCAGAACUCAAUGACCUAAUAGUAAAGGGUUUCUCAAUUAUUAAAAUGCUGGUUGACAACAGUGGAAGCAGCAUCUCCACUUCAUAUUUCACGCACUGGGUUGCCAUAGUGGAAAUUUUUUCACAGGUUGUUUCUUCCAAUGAAGAUACUUCUGGAAGGGUUCUUUUUGAGUCUACUGCUUGCAUCACAAUUAUGUUAUCUAAAGUAGCCCAGGAUCUUAAAGCAUCCCGAACUCCUGCUUCUGAGACAGUUUCUGCUCCCGUGGUUAAUGAAACACUGAAACAGAUAUUAGACCAUGCUAAAACAUCUGGUUUAGUGGACCAUUUGUGUCUCUGUUUAGCAACAUCAGGCGCAAGUCUCAGUGCUGGUUCUUCAAAUAUGUUACAUGCUGCAUGUGAAGCAUGUAGGGCUUUGUGGUCACUGAUAGACACACUGGAAAUUCAUUUUACAAAGGAAAAUGCUGUCCUAUUUCCUCUCAAUGCUUUCCGGAGUCAUUCUUUACUUCGGCUUGACAUCAGGGACCCUGACAGAGGAUCACCAGUUGGGAUGGAAUCAGCAAGAAUAGUUGAUGCAGUGACAAGAGGGUUUCUCCGAUCAAAGGCUGUGCAGUUUGCUAUUAAUCAUUGCCUGCAUCAACGGACAGAAGCAACAUUGUCUGCUGUUGUUCAGCUUUUAUCAAGGUGUUGCCUCCGUAGUGGAAUUGUUCCAAACAUACUUUGUGGCCUGCCCAGUUCCCUCCCUGUUACUACUGUUGUCAGUGGUGGAGCAGAUGGCACUGUUGUUGCAGAGAUAUUCUCUAUAUUAUCUCUAUGUGCUUCGUCUUUAAAUAAAGAUCAACAAAUGGGCGAAACAAAUAAUGUGAAGUACAAAUGGAGCAAUCCUUGUGCCCUAGUCCUGCAUUCCUGCCUUCUCCUAGCAACAGUUGCUCAAUGUUUGAAGUCAACUUCAAGAAAUUCAGCACUGUUUAUGCUUACAACCACCCCAAAGAAGCAGCUUUCUCGACUCUCAAUCCUUGCACAUCACUUCUCUUCGGAUGAUAGAAUUAAAGCAUCUGUUCAACCUCAUUGUGCAUCAGCCAUGCUUGCUCUAGCAUCCAUUCUAUCCCUUGAAAGUGGUGCUUCUGUUGAGUCUUCCAUCUCUGAAAUUGCAGUACCUUUGAUUCCUCGAGCUGCCUCACUUUGUGAUCACCUUAAGAUCACAUCAGGUAAUUCAGAUGAAGUCUGCUUUAGUGACUCAAAUAGUAUUCUCUCCUAUUGGCAUGGUCUUAGGGAUGGAUGCGUUGGCUUGUUAGAAUCCAGACUGAAAUGGGGAGGACCAUUAGCUGUACAACAGAUGAUUGCCAGUGGUAUACCCCUUCUUCUUAUUGAUUUACUUGCCAAUGGUGAUACUCCUCAAGAAAUUGACAGCACGAGAGAUCGAGUAGGGUUAUCACCUACUGGAGUUGUGUCAGCAAUUUCAUCUAUAUGUCACUGCCUUCCGGGUGGAGUUUUAACUUUUCGUCAGAUUUUGCUUAAGAAUGAACACAUGAAGCUCAUCUGUAACUUGGUAUUCGAUGUUCACCUCAAGCUUGUGAAGUGCUGGGGUGGACCUGGUGGAGGGAAGGAUGGAGUUAGGGAUUUAAUAAAUGCAGUAAUUGAUGUCUUAGCAUUUCCCUUCGUUGCUGUACAAAAUGCUCCUAGUUUGCCCUCUGCUACUGCUUCUGUAAACAGUGGGUUUAUUCUUAACAUGGGUUCCCCAGGUGGGCGAGUAUGUAUGGAAGACAAAGAAAUGGUGAAAGCGAUCGAGGAAGAAAUGGGAAAAUAUAUAAGGAUCCUUCUAGAGGUUGGGGUACCAGUCAUUAUACUUCGUUGCUUGGAUCAUAUGGAUUUUAAAGAUUUGGGAAGGCCUGUUGCUUUUUUUGCCAAAAUGAUAGGACAUCGGCCCCUUGCAAUUCAGCUUGUGGGCAAAGGUUUGUUGGAUGCAAACAGAGUGAGAAGGCUGCUUGAUAGCUCAUGUCCAAGAGAGGUCACACUGGAUGUUUUGAUGAUAGUUUCUGAUCUAGCUCGUAUGGAUAAGGGUUUCUAUGAAUACAUUAAUGGAGCUUCCAUGUUAGAGUUCCUCAAAGAAUAUCUCACCCAUGAAGAUCCCAAUGUGCGUGCCAAGACUUGCAGUGCUCUCGGCAACAUGUGUCGCCACAGCUCCUACUUUUAUACUUCAUUGGCAAAGCAUCAGAUUAUUGGACUCCUCAUAGAUCGAUGUGCUGAUCCAGACAAACGAACGAGGAAAUUUGCAUGUUUUGCGAUUGGUAAUGCUUCCUACCAUAACGAUGUGUUGUAUGAAGAACUGAGGAGAUCCAUACCACAGUUAGCAAAUAUACUGCUUUCAGCUGAGGAAGACAAGACCAAAGCGAAUGCUGCUGGUGCUCUAAGUAAUCUUGUUCGCAAUUCCAACAAGCUCUGUGAAGACAUUGUAUCAAAAGGAGCCAUGCAGGCUCUGUUGAAGUUGGUUGCAGACUGUUCAGUAGUGGCCUUAAACCCAAGUAGGAAAGAUGCAGUAAACGAGUCUCCUCUAAAGAUAGCUCUAUUUUCAUUAGCAAAAAUGUGUGCGCACCAACCCUGCAGACACUUUCUACGAUCAUCAGAGCUUUUCCCAGUGAUCGGCUGCCUUCGCCAAUCCCCAGAAUCCACCAUUGCCAAUUAUGCCUCAGUUAUCAUCAGCAAAGUUGGUGAUGCUACAGGUACGACAGCAUUACCAAAUUGAUAUUAUAAUAGAAGCCCUAUUGUCUUUAAGAAAAAUUUUCCACUAAAUCACUAAUGGUGAUUAUAGGGUUAUUCUGAUUUAAAAUUUGGACGUAAAGAGAGAUCAAUUAGUAAAAUGUGAUUGAAACUAUAGAUAGUGUAUAGUAUAUAUAUGUAUGUUAGUAUGUAUUGUGUUUAUAUGAAUUGAACACUCAAUCUACCAAGAAUAGUUGAACCUCUAAAUUUAUGCCA